GAUUUCACCUCAAAGGAUAUGACUUGUAACAUCAACAACGUUGCCACAGCGAAGACACUAUCGGUCAAGGCUGGUGAUAAGGUACAUUUUGAAUGGCACCACGAGGACCGCUGCGCAGGAGAUCAAAUAAUUGACCCAUCCCAUAAAAGCCCUGUUCUGGGGUACAUCGCUCCAGGUGACUAUCUCCUUCGUGGUGAGACCAUCGCCCUGCACGAAGGCUUCUUUGUCAGUGGAGCUCAGUUUUAUAUGGAAUGUGUUCAGAUCAAGAUUACCUCUCCGGAAGCACCACCCUUCCCGCAGGCGUUUCAAUCCCUGGAAAUUACUCUGCUACCAACUCUGGUAUUCUCUUUGAUCUGUACAAUGGCGCUGAGCCAUAUCCAAUCCCGGACCACCAGUCUGAGAUGGCGCAUCCUCUGGUCCAGAGCCUACUAAUUUCGCUCCAACAUCGUCACUCCAGCAAGUACCGCCGUGCCAACCAGUCUGCAGACGGCGGUAAAGACCACAGGCACCACUGCUCCUCCAACGACCACAACGCUUCCAUCCGGCGUCACAGUAGCCAUCUGGCAGCAAUGCGGUGGUAUUCAUUACAGUGGUCCCACAGAGUGCCAAUCGGGUCUCAUCUGCAAGGACUGGAACCCAUACUACUUCCAGUGCUUC